UAUUUAAUAUUAUUAUUAUUAAUUACUAAAUUGUUGAGCACUUGAUUUACAUUUUGAGGUAGAUAGAUGUGUAAUGGGAACAGAGGAGAGGAUCUAGCAUUUGAGAGAUUUUCUCUUCUAUUUAUUUACAAAAGAGACAGAAUUUCCUCAGUUUCCCUGUCUAUUUUUAUCCGUUUACUUUUGUGUUUGUGUUUUGUCACGAUCAUUGGAUGCACGUGGAAACCCAGAAGUUGGAUGGCUCAUUCUGGGGUACAUAAAGAUAGAGGGGAGUUGAGGAUUCAUGAGAAUUUGGACGAGCUUGGCACUGAUUUGGCAGAAUAUAUUGCUGAAUUAUCAGAGGCAUCGGUGAAGGAGAGGGGUGUCUUUGCCAUUGCCAUAUCUGGUGGUUCUCUCAUUGGCUUGAUGGGGAAACUUUGUGAAGCUCCUUAUAACAAGACUGUAGACUGGGCUAAAUGGUAUAUAUUUUGGGCGGAUGAACGGGUGGUAGCCAAAACUCAUGCUGAUAGCAACUAUAAGCUGGCAAAGGAUGGUCUUUUGUCCAAGCAGGUACCUGUUGUACCCAGUCAUGUGAAUUCUAUCAAUGAUUCAGUGUCAGCAGAGGAGGCUGCUGACGACUAUGAAUUUCAUGUUCGACAGUUAGUGAAAACACGAACAAUUAAUGUGUCUGAUAUUAGUGACUGCCCCAAGUUUGACCUCAUCCUUCUUGGAAUGGGCUCUGAUGGUCAUGUUGCCUCACUAUUCCCUAACCACCCUGUGCUUGACGAGAAAGAUGAGUGGGUUACUUUUAUUACUGACUCCCCCAAAUCCCCACCGGAGAGGAUCACCUUCACUUUGCCUGUCAUCAACUCAGCAUCCAAUGUGGUUGUGGUCGUGACAGGCGAGAGCAAAGCAGAGGCUGUACACUUGGCAAUUGAUGACGUGGGAGCUGACUGCCUGUCAUUGCCUGCACGGUUGGUCCAGCCAACAAAAGGGAAGUUGGCGUGGUUUUUGGACAAGCUGGCUGCCUCAAAACUUGACGGUUCUCAGUUUUCUGAGUAGGGUCAAGCUAUUACUGUCAAUGUGUAUGUUUGUAUGUAGUGGACGUACUCAACACCUGUGGAUCCUUUUCUUUCCUAUGACAACCCCCUCCCCCCCGUUUGCUUUGGGUUAAAUUCUCCAUUUUGGCCUUUAUUCUCUCUUCUUUAUUUAGAGGAGUUGGAGAAGUGUGAUUAUCCUUUUUGUAUGAAGAAUAAAGUUGGGGCCUCAGUGCAAAAGCUUUUUCU